GACCUGCUAUUGCUGCGAAGUGGGCCUUCUGGGAGUGAGAAAUGACACACCCUGAUGACAAGAGAGGCUCCAGUCCUUCAACAGGUCCAACAGGCGCUCCUCCAAGCGGAGCCUUGGAGGGCAAGGCCGGCACCAUUACCUCCAACGAGUGGAGCUCUCCUAACUCCCCUGAGGGGAGCAACGUCUCUGGGGGCAGUCAGGCAUUGGACAAGCCCAUCGACAAUGAUGCGGAGGGUGUUUGGAGCCCGGACAUUGAGCAGAGCUUCCAGGAGGCCCUGGCCAUCUACCCACCCUGUGGCCGGCGGAAGAUCAUUCUGUCGGAUGAGGGCAAGAUGUACGGUCGGAAUGAGCUGAUUGCUCGUUACAUCAAGCUCCGGACAGGGAAGACCCGCACCAGGAAGCAGGUCUCCAGCCACAUCCAGGUGCUGGCUCGUCGCAAAGCCCGUGAGAUCCAGGCCAAGCUAAAGGAUCAGGCAGCUAAGGACAAGGCCCUGCAGAGCAUGGCUGCUAUGUCGUCCGCCCAGAUCAUCUCCGCCACAGCCUUCCACAGUAAAAUGGCCCUCGCCCGGGGCCCUGGCUGCCCAGCAGUCUCAGGGUUUUGGCAAGGAGCUUUGCCGGGCCAAGCCGGAACAUCCCACGAUGUGAAACCUUUCUCUCAACAAACCUACACUGUCCAGCCUUCGCUGCCUCUGCCAGGGUUUGAGUCUCCUUCAGGAGCCGCCCCAUCGCCCUCAGCGCCCCCAGCACCCCCGUGGCAGGGCCGCAGCGUGGCCAGCUCCAAGCUCUGGAUGCUGGAGUUCUCUGCCUUCCUGGAGCAGCAGCAAGACCCUGACACGUACAACAAGCACCUGUUCGUACACAUUGGCCAGUCAAGCCCAAGCUACAGUGACCCCUACCUUGAAGCCGUGGACAUCCGCCAGAUCUAUGACAAGUUCCCAGAGAAAAAGGGUGGACUCAAGGAGCUCUUUGAACGGGGACCUUCCAAUGCCUUUUUUCUCGUGAAGUUCUGGGCAGACCUCAACACCAACAUGGAGGACGAAGGCAGCUCCUUCUACGGGGUCUCCAGCCAGUACGAGAGUCCCGAGAACAUGAUAAUCACCUGCUCCACCAAGGUCUGCUCGUUCGGCAAGCAGGUGGUAGAGAAAGUGGAGACAGAGUAUGCCCGCUACGAAAACGGCCACUACUCCUACCGCAUCCACCGGUCCCCGCUCUGUGAGUACAUGAUCAACUUCAUCCACAAGCUGAAGCACUUGCCCGAGAAGUACAUGAUGAACAGCGUGCUGGAGAACUUCACCAUCCUGCAGGUGGUCACCAACAGAGACACACAGGAGACUUUGCUGUGCAUUGCAUAUGUCUUCGAGGUGUCAGCCAGCGAGCAUGGGGCUCAACACCACAUCUACCGGCUGGUGAAAGAAUAAGAGACUUGGGGAGCAGGGACGGGGGAAGAGAUGUGUGUGUGUGUGUAGGGACUUGGGGUGGGGACCUGCAGGGACAGCCCCUUGAAGUGCCAAGAAAGCUGACCCUUCCUACCCAGGAACAAACUGUGCCUCAACCUGCAGUGCCCAACCCCAAAUAAACCCAAGAUGUGUAUUUUCACAGGACCCCACCUGGCUGUAGGAGCCCUGGGAGGGACUGUGGGAGAAGGGGGGCAGUCUGGGAAGCGGGCCGGAAGCAGCCCCAGAGAUGCAUCAUGGGCAGUUCUGAAGCCAUUGCCCCAGUGAACUCGGCCAGGAAUGUCGCCAGACGCUGAAGGUCAAGCUGGAUGGUCCCUCUGCUGCCUGGAGCCUCUGCACUCUGCUGCUGGCCACGCUGGGAGGCCUGAGGACAGGCGCGUGGGCUCCCAUUCUGUGUGUGCUCAAGUGUGCACCGCGGCUCCCUGAGCGUGCUGCAGCUGCUCUGCCUGGCACUUCUGCUGCCACUGCCGCGGGGCAGCUAACAGGGAGGCCCGUCCAACCCAGGCGUGGGUUUUAGGUGUGGAGGUGACUGAGUUGCUGGAAGGGGACACUGAGCCGUUUAGUUUUAUUCAUCUCUGGUGGUUGUGGAUCCCAUGGCCCUGCUGGCUUGUUGAGGGGACUGGCUCCAGAUCAGAGGAGCCCGAGAUGGAGGACAGGAGGGGCAGUGCUAAAGCAGGCCGCCGAGUUGUGCAGAGGCUGGCGUCUUGCAGCACCCUUUUUGGUGGCGAAGGCCAAGAAAGUUGUUCAGAGGUCUUUGGUGACCCAGUGGUCUCUGAGACCAUCCAGUUCUGACUGGUGAGUCUUACCUCCCUCCCAGCCAAGAUGCCUGUCGGGUGGUGAUCACCUCAGGGCCAGUCCAGGCAUCCACUCCCUCCCCAAACAGUAGUUUCUGUGCUCCUUGAGGCUGGAGAAGGGUGUGGAACCAACGCUGCGUCUAGAGGCAACCACCUGUUUAUUUCCUGCUAACAGGCCAGCUUUGGGUUUCAGCAGUCCUGGCUUCAUCCUAGUAUUCCUAGCUGCCCGACUUUGGGCAAAUGUCUCCACCUUUCUGAGCCUGUAAAGGGGGCAGGCAAUAGCACCCACGUUAGAAGGCCUUAGUGAGGAGGAGAGAGAAUGUCUACAAAGUGCCUGGUGCAAGAUGCACUCAACAAAUGUUAUGAUGAUUAGCUUAUCACUCACCUCCCUCAGGGAGGCUUGGGCCUUGCUCUUUUCUGCCAUCUAGUGGCUCUUUGGUAUCAUCCCCAGUGGGAACCACAAUCCCAGGUGCCUGGGAUUCAACUUGCCUACAGGUGUUUACUGUGCCCCACGCUCACUCGGGAAGAUAAUAUAUAUUAAUACACAAAUGAGGAAGACAGUGUCUAGGAGGGGUACAGAGUGGUGGUUAGGAGCAAGCGUCAGACCACUAGGAUUGGAAUCCUGGCGUUUAGCUACUGCCUAGCCCUGUGACUUGGGGUAAAUUCCUUAAUUUCACUGUGCCUCAGUUUCCCCAACUGUAAAAUGGGUCUAAUAACAGUACCUACCUCGUUUAUGUAGAGAGCCUAGCAUAGUGUCAAGCACAUAAAUGUGUUUGAUAAAUAUACUUUGUUAAUAGGAGGAGCUUUCAGUCAAAGGAGUCAGAUUGGAAAACUGGCUAAUCUGAUCCUCAGACUUUGCUGUGCAUUGCAUAUGUCUUUGAGGUGUCAGCCAGCGAGCAUGGGGCUCAACACCACAUCUACCGGCUGGUGAAAGAAUAAGAGACUUGGGGAUCGGAUGGGGAAGAGAUAUGUGUGUGUGAACUGGACUUCAGAGAUGGGAGUGAGCAGGGUGUGGAUGAUUCAGGGAAGGGGCCCCAGUGGAAAGGGGCUGCCCCUUAACGGAUGGGCAGUGUUUGGAUACACAGGCAGGAGGAAGGCUGGCCCUCCUUCCAGGUGGGUUACCUAGUCUCCCUCUGUCCUCCACAGGCCAGAACCCCUCUCUUUAUUAAAAAGCUUUAACAAACACGGACUACUGCUAGAUCUCAUACCAAGUUGCUUAACGCUACUGUUCAUGGGGGCCGAGGCGGGGCGUAGGGUCCCCGAGUCCCUGGCUCGGGCUGGCAUGUUCCCACAUGUCUGUGAGGGUUUGUGUUUGUGUAACGCUGCCCGUCCCUCCCCCGGUCACCAGCACAGCCUUGCCCUCUCCCCUCUGCCCUUCCCUUUUCCUGGGGCUGUUUGGAUAAGGGAACUCAUGGUGCCUGCCCUGCUAGCUGACUGUGAACCUUCAGACAAAUGCUCACGAAGGAUGUGUGAGCAGCCUGUUGACCGUGGGACAGAUGCUCAAGUUAAGGGGAUGAUCUUUUUGUGUUGGGAGUGGGAAGGAAUCUGCAGGUGUUGCUGGGCCAAGUGUUGGCUGUGAGUUUUCCCUUUUCUUUAGGAACUGACCUCAGUAGCCUAAUGGAGAUUCAUCUACUUAUAACUGUAAAUUCCGAGCCAGUCAGCCGUGGGGAACACAGAUGAGCUGUAGAGCCUGUCCCACUGUUGUAGGGCAGACUGCGACCCUUGGGGCAGACAGGAGACCCGACCUGGCCCCACCUCUCCUGCAGCCUCCCUCACAGGGCCUGGGGUCUCUGAAUCACUCAUCCCAGCAUGUCUCUGCCUCUUGGCUGUGGCCCCACAUGUUCCCGGGCCUCUGCCCCCACUGGAGAACGGUUACUCAUGCUUCAAGAGCCAGUGUGGAGUCACCUCUCCUCAUGCAGAAGGGUUUGCCACUCCUCUUGUGUGGCAAAAGCAUUCCAGUCCUGACCCGUUAGAGCACCUGUUACAUGUACCAGCAAACAGGGACUUCUGUCAUCUCUGCUAACCCUCACCCCACAGGUACUGUGCUGUCCCGUUUUGAAGGUGAGGAAGGGGGCACAGAAUGGGAACUAACUUUCUUGCAAUAUUCAUACAUUUAUUCACUCACUUAGCACAUAUUUAUUUAAAUUCUGCUCUGUGCCAGGCCCUGGGAAUGUGUUGGUGACCAAGACAGGCGAGGUCCUUGGGGCACUUACUAAACUUUACUGAGGAAGAAAAAGUGAGCAAGGAAACAAGAUGUAAACUGUGAUACAUGCUGUGGAAGAAGGAGAGUGUCCUGAUGGUGGGACACUGGGGAGCCUCUCAAGCCUGGGAGGGCAAGGGCAGGACAGUGCCUGGUGUGUUCCAGGCCAGAGAGGAGGGUGUGUCGGGGGUACAGAGGGAGAGACGCGGGGGCUGAGGUGCGGAGGCUGCAGGGCUACAUCCUGCCCAGGCCAGCCGUCCAGAUGGGGAGGAGCUGGUGAUCCAGCUCCCUCCUCCGCAGGGCAACCCCCCUCACUCGGUUUUACUCCACGGGAAGGGGGUCCUGGAAGUGUCUUAAGCAAGGGAGUAAGUCUUUUUUAUCUGAAUUUUAGAAAGUAGCACUGGAGCCUCCUGGACUACCGAGAAGCACAUGUAAUUGUCUGCUUCUGAGUCUGUCUUUCCUCCUAGACUCAACUUCUGUGGGUGGAGACUAUAGCCUUCCUGUUCUGUUACUUCCUGUAGACCACACACCACUUCUGGAGCCUACCCGGAGCUUGAGUGACCGCACGUGUACAGGCAGUGGGAUCCAUGCCAUUGGGGCCGGGGAGGUGUGUAGGCUUCCUGAGGCCUCUGGGGUGGAACCCUUGACCUCCUGACACAAUC